UUACUUUGAAGACCUUUACCUAUUUACAAGACCAGGGUGGGUGUGGGGCAAUCAGCCUACUGAUUAGUGCAUUCAAGCAGCUAUUAUACGAAUACGAAUACGAAGGCCUUCAGAGAGUUUGCUUCACUCCUGGAAGCCUUUACUAGGCAUCUCCGUGAGUACAGACAGAAAUGGCUAACUUCAUUCGCAAGAAGAAGCGAUCUCCUUUGAAUAUCUCUUUUGAGUGUGAGGGGUUGGACUUGUUGCCAGGUGAGAUCAUAGUUGCUAACGCUAAGAAUGCUCAACUCAUCCUGACCUUUCAAGAGAAGCUAAGUUUGGCCGUCGGUGGCGCUUUGGUGUGCACUAAUUACAGGGUCACCUUCAUACCGGACAAGCAGGUGCUCUCCAAGAUGCACCAUAUUGACUCGAGUUAUUUUGCUGCCAGUAGGGACAUUCCCUUAGGCUGUGUGGACCGCAUUGCUGUGUUUUCUAACAAGAGUAAGAGAGUGUUGAAUGGUUUGGCUACUCUCCCUAAAAAGAUCUCUCAAUUGGAGAUCACUUGUAAAGACAUUCGACGACUUCUCUUCAGUGUCAAACAAUGUGAAAAAACGGACGUGUCUUCAGUCGUUAGUGGUAUAGCUAGACACUCCCACCCCGGACAUGUGCAUCUCCUUUUUGCCUUUGACUAUACUCUCGCUCUCAAGAGGUCAAGAAGUCGGGAGACCACACCCCCUGUUGGAAGUGCCGACACGGCCAUUCCUACGUUCCUAACGGCACGAGAUUGGCAGAGAGAGCUGCACCGGUUAGGAGUCACCAAUGACCAAUGGAGGGUAUCUGAGGCCAACAAGAAGUUCCUCGUUUGCUCCAGCUUGUGCCCUUACUUUGCCUGUCCUACCAGCUACUCUGACUUAGCCCUGGAGAAUGCAGCUGGUCUCCAUGUCAACAACCGCCCCCCUGUCUGGUGCUGGUCACACCCCCACACUGGCGUAUCACUCACACGUGCUGCUGCCCUCGCCAUCGAAGACACUAUAGAAGCUCCUGACCCAGUUUAUCUGCGGAGUGUUGCUAUGGCGCGCCACGAGCAGUACAAGGCCAACAGUAAGAGAGUGUACCAGUACAACGUGAGCGUCAGGUGUGGACCACUCAAGAACUUAGCCUCAGGGUUCCCAAGACUACAAGAGCUCUGCACACCUCCCUCUCUGAGUGAUCUGUCAUCACAUGACAAGCGCUGGUUAGGGGGACUGGAGGCAUCUGGAUGGUUGAGUACAGUGAGGUCAUGUCUACUGGCCUCCAAGGAGAUUGCCAACUUGAUCUGUAUCAAGCAGAGAUGUGUCAUGAUAUUAGAUGAAACAGGUAGGGACUUGAGUUGUGUUGUGUCCAGUCUAGUGCAGAUGAUGAUCGAUCCUUACUUCCGCUCUCUCUCCGGCUUUGAGCUGUUGGUGCAGAAAGAAUGGGUAGCUAUGGGUCACCCCUUCAUGACCCGGCACAGACUGACGACCGAGGCCCCACCCACUAACAGCGAAGAACAGCCUCAAACAGGAAAGGACUUAAGUGCCCCAGUGUUCCUCCUGUUCCUGGACUGUGUAUGGCAGCUCUCGAAACAGUUCCCUUCAGCAUUUGAAUUCUCUGAGAUGUUCCUCCUCCGUUUCCACGAUAUGACUCUCCAGUGCUUGUACAACAACUUCCUCUUUGACUCGCCCAAACAAAGAUUGCAAGCAUCCAUCUACUCUCGAAAAAGUUGUUUCUUUGGCGACGAAGAUGAAUCCAUGGAUAGUACUGAGAAUAACUACGAAGGCCCUAUUUUGUCAGCCUGGAACAAUUGGAGAUCGUCGCUUAGCCAAGAGGAAAACGAAGAGUGUCUAAACCCACUCUAUUAUGUCUUUGGUAGUAGUGAUGCUCACUAUUACUACAACAGUACCAACCCCCUACAAGCUGAGCUAACUCCUCCCACGUCACUGCUCCCCGAGAGACCUGUUGAUCUAGCCACGGCUGGCAACCACGGUUUGUAUAGGGACAGUCGCGACACAUCCCCGGCUGAUCUAGCACUAGAUUCGAAAAUGAGGGACUACUAUCAAAGAGGACUUCUCAUGCCUGAGACAUCGAUGUGCAAUAUGAAUGUUUGGGGGGGUUUUUUCUUCAGGUAUGUGCCGGAGCUAAGCUUGCAGCAACGAGUCACUCAAAGCACUCUUCAGAAACUCGAGAGUCGUAUGGUUCGUGAUGUGCGUAAGAUGAAAGAUGAAUUGAACGAAGUGGAACUAACUGUUGGUUCAUACACAAGUGAUUUGACUAGCUUCAUUGGAGAAGUGCUUCAGACUAGAGAGAAAGAGUUGUCGCAAGACAAAGAAAUGGCGGUGGAUCAAAGCCUAACUGCUCAGCCAAGACUCUCAGCUGCGAUAUACUCGUAUGAUGAACCAGACGCUAGUAUCGAGAUUGAUAAUGGAACAAUGGGAGAAUCUCUCAGCCAAGAACAAUUGCUAGGAAAUGGUGACUUGUCACAAAACUCUCUUUUGAGCAGACCCAGCCUCACUCUCUCUCUAUCGCAACAAAAGACAACUAUGGCAGAAUUCACAGAUGCUCUUUAUAGUAGUCAGAGAGAGGAAGAAGGGAGGAACGUUGUUCGCUUCAAGCAUCUUUCACCUCGUGCUUCAUCCAGCCCCACUAGCUCCCCCGUCCCUCUGGGCCGAAGCCCUGUGAUAAAGACAAGACUGAAGGUGACUAGAAGCAAGGCUAGUGAUCCAAUUAUAGCUGCCUGGCAACACUCAUCACCCAAGCAACUUUCGAAAACACCAGAAGAAAAAUUUCUGUUCAAAGACUCAGACAUUGUGCAUUCGUUGGAAUUUUCAGAUGUAUAGUCAUUAAUACUACACCAUAAUUGUUAUCACAUCACCCAUUCGUGGUCUAUUUGUGGUAUAUAAAAGUAUUGAAUCUAA